AUGUCUCGCGACCGUUCCCACCUGAGUCCCUUUGGUAAUGAGCUGGAGGAUUUCGCUCCGGUUGCGGGAUGGCGAGACUCCGCCGUCAACAUGACCACCUCCGACAUACCCGGCGAUCCGAUCGCUGCUUCUACGGUCAUGAGACCUACAGGGGGUCAGAGAAAUAACAGUGAUGUCAGAGGGUCGUUCAUGGAAACUGCCAGCUGGCAAGCCGGAAAUGGACUCGGAAAUGACAGCAGCAAUGUGGAUGACUUCAUCCGGUCCCACCGGCUGUCGGGGAUGCUCCAGGACAUUGACAUGUCAGGACUGUCCAUCGGGAGUGACGCUCACCCCGCCCACCCAGCCAACAUCACAGGGUCCACCGACCAGACCCUGGACGGCACCACCAGCUCUCUGGGCAUCAUACAUCUGGAUAGUGUGCAUGACCUAUCAGGAAGCCUCGUCCAUGUGGAAGACCCUUUGACUGUGAGAGAGGAACAGCUGGACCGAACCUUGACCCCCGACCCCUCGGGUCACCCGGACAGUCCCCCUGUCCUGAGAGGAAGAGGUGCAGGCGAGGAUGUGCACAUCCCCUCCCACCCACAGUCUGCCUUCUGGCCGGUACACGACACGGACGACAGGAGGAUUUCUGCUGUGAGUGAGCUGGGAAGCAACACCACAGACAUGUCCAUCUUCAGCCAUCGUGACAGCAGCAUCCUGCCUCUGGACAACUUUGACCUUCUGGAGGAGGAACUGGACCGCAUGAACCAGACACAGGAGGAGGAGGAGACAGAUCAUCACUUCAUGGGGCAGAAGGACAGAAACAGAGCCCCAGAUUCUCCUCCCCACAUCUCUGCCACUGCAGAGCCGACUGUGCUGAGAAGACUGUCCAGUGGAGAUGGGGAGGAAAGGCUCUCUGCAGGUGUUGGUGCAGGUCCGGUUCCCCCAUCGUCCAGAGAUGACCACCUGUCGGCUGAUGACUACCAGACCAACGACGUCAUCCCUCAGGGAACCCGGGGGCCGGCCACGGGGAGAGACUCCGCGGAGGAGAGCGAGAUAGACACAGAAGAUGAGCUGGAGGCAGUCAGAAGGGAGAUGGCAUCCAGAGGGGAGUACCUGACCAAAGGGCUGGACAGGGUGGGUGUGGGGGCGAGUGGAGAGAGUAGCGGGAACGGGAAACCCUCGUCCCGACCGGAGCUGCUGGGACAGAACUCGGAGGGCGUGUCACCGCUGGACAGCAUGAGGCAGUCGGCAGAGGGAGACGUGGUCACCUCGCCUGUGCCUGGCGAUGGUGGAGGAGGGGGUGAUGGCAGCAGCGGGAACAGCAGUGAUGAUAACAGACCGGUGCAGAUAGCAGGAGGCCAGCUGACGUUAGACGUCCUGCGAGGCCUCGGCGUGAUGCCUGCGCCCCAGGCUAGGAGGCCCAGCCAGGGUAGCACCAGGGACGACACCGACGCGUCUGAUCCUGUCAGGGAGUCUAUACCUGGUCAUGAAGAGGUUGAGAGAAUGGGCCCUGUGGGCAGCGGAGGUGGUGACCCCCCGGAUGUGCGAGGGGUCCACUUUGCGAGCAUGGACGAGUACCGACAGAUCUCUCGCACCUCCUCCCUCUCCCCGCAGAGUCUGUCACAGCACGACAACAGGGACGGCUGGGAGCAGGAGAAUCAACCGGGGAAUGGCCAGCAGUUAAAUAAUGAAACAGGUGACCAGACGUCCCUGCUGGCCUCCAAGUUUUUCCUCCCAACAUCCAGACCAUCCUCGGACUCGGUGGUCAGCGAGUCCACCACAGGUCCUUGGACGCACGACGCGUCUUCCUUCCACCUGUCUGAGCUCCACGCCUCUGGGAGAGACAGAACGUCAGCUGACCUGGGGGAAAACGAUGACACCCUGGUCGGGAUAGAGAAGGACUUUGGUGAUGGGGAAGAGCAGGAACAAGACUUGGCAGGGAAUCAGGAUGUAGAAAACCCUUUUGAUAAUGAAGAGGACUUGAACUGGAGAAGUGCUGGGGACUUCAGACAGGAGAAUGGCGCUUUGCAGGUACAUGUUGUAGCCUAUCCUCAGACCUGGACCAGGCGGACCUGA